UUGGGUUUCACAGUGUUUACGGUUCCGAGAGAGGAGGAAGAAGGAGGAGAGAGAGAAGGUUACUGUUUAGAGAGAGGCGGAGGAAGAAGGCAGAGAAGAAAAUGGGGCUGGGCUCAUAGCGAGGGUUUUUAGAGAGCGAAGAAGGAAGAAGGAAGAAGGAAGAGGUUAUGGGCUUCACAAACCCUAAUGGAAGAGACCCUACUGAUUUUUAAAAGAGAAAAGGAAGAUGGGAUGUUGAUUUGGGAUAGUUUGAAGGGGGCUUUUCUCUCUGAUUUGGGAUGUUGUUUGAGAGAAAGCCCUAACUAUACUGAUUUGUCAAGGGGCCUUAACGGAUUUUUAGAGAGAGAAAAGGAAGAGGGUUUUCCAUUUUUUUGGGGAAACAGCAAGCAGAGCUGAAGGAUUAGGUUUGGGGAACUAAUCUUAUAUAUACAAUUGCUUUCUCCUGAUCCAGUUAGCUGAAAAGCCGUGAACAAGCAAUUUGUGGCAAUUGGAGGAGCCCUAUCACCAUUAUUUGUGGCAUUUUCUUUAGUGAAGCUUUGCGUAAGUGGUAUAGAGAGGGAAAGGAGCCCAUAUACUCUCACCUUUCCUUUCUGGAACACUUAUAGCUUUUACCUUCUCCAUAUGGCUCCUGCUCAAAUGAUAACCGGUGUAGAGCAAGAAAGCAUGGUCGAAAACUCGAUUGGUUUAGAGGGAGCAAAGGCUUGUGAAAUUCUAAAUUCUGCUGCACCUAAAAUACCAUGUGAGGAAAAUUUAGAAUGCACAAAGCAAUCAAGGGAGACUAAUUUGAGUAUCAAUGACACCUCAGAUCAAGAUGAAAUGAACAAGGACAUGGGGUGUGAUACGAUCAUUGACAUUGAAGGGAAUGAGGAUAAUGGGGAUGUUAGAUGGUCUCUUGCUGAGGAAACCACUGAGUGUUCCAGUUCAUUUGGGGACACUUUGUCAAGCUUAGAUGAUGAUUGCAAGAGAAUAGCAAGUGAUCAGGAGGUGGAGUCUCGGUUUCAUGGUGAAAAUGGGUUUGCAAAUGUUAUUGAUGAGUUCAAUGGAGGACUAAGAUUGAGAAAGGACUUAAAAAAAUGCCAAAUUUUCUCUAGAAAGAAGAAAUUGACAGCUGAUUGGAAAAAGUACCGCAACCCUGUCAUGUGGCGGUGCCAUUGGUUAGAAUUGCGGAUAAAGGAGCUUCAGUCCCAGGCAUCAAAAUAUGACCGGCUACUUUUGGAAAUCAAAAGAAGGAAACGGUUGACGUUUGGCCAGGUUGCACAAGAUUCGUCCUCUACAAGGGUCUUGCCUUUCUCAGCUCCCAAUCCAAGACUACCAGUGAAGAAAAGGCAGAGGAGGAAAAAAGUUGAAGAUACCAUUGAUAUGCAGUACUAUAUGGCUCUGCAUCCAUUAUUCUCUUACUAUGAGAAGAGGAAAAAGCCAGAGGCAGAUGCUGUAUCUGUUGAUGAUGACUGUAAUAGUGUGCCAGUCCUCACUGAAGAGCAAAGGAAUAUUCGAGUGGAUGGUUUUGGGGCUAGUCAUGUAUGGGUGGCAUCCGAAAUGGGGAGUAUGGAAACCUCACCGGAGCAAUUACUAUGGAGACUAGAGGGCCUGCAAUCUCGUAUACUCAAGCUCAAGGGUCAGCUAAAUAAGGUGAUGUUGAAGAAUGUCGAUAAGUUCUCCUCAAUGGAGAAUUCAAUUGAUAGGCAGGCUAGCACAGCUCAGAGCCCCCAAGUCUCGCCAGUUAAUGGAGAUUCAGAUCCUCCUAUCGUUGGGUUGUAUAAUCCAUGCCAUGAUAUCUUGGACUUUGGUAGGGUUGAUUUGGGCAUUUCAGGAAGUGGGGUCUCAGGAAGUGGGGUCUCAGGAAGUUAUAUGGACUCAGGGAUACCUGAUUUCUUCGGCAUUUAUUCUGAUGCCGAUGUCCCAUUUGAUCCACCUCAUAUUGGAGAUGCUUGUGAAGAUUUGCAGAUGCUUGAUGAAGUUUUAAUAGAAAACCAGGCAGCUUUAGGGGAAGAUUUGCCAAGCGUUGGGAAAAUCCGGGAAGAGGAGAUCAAGGAAGAAGAGGUGAAGGAAGAGGAGAGAGGAUCAGAAACUGCGGCAAUGGGGCUCCCAGAAAUUCCUCUUUCUGACGAUGGGUUUACGCCAGAGUCUGAGUCAUUGAAGACUAAGCGGAAGCGUGCGCUACGUCGUGGGGCCUCACGUGGUUGGAAUGUCAAGGGCAUUCGCAAUAAUUGUUGAGAAUCCCUUGAAAUGAGUAUCGGAGGUGGAGGAUAUGUUAUGAAGGUCCCUUGAUAAAGGUACUCGGUUUUUUUGUAACUCUUUUGAUUUUUUGUUUUUUUGUUUUUGGAAAUGAUCGUGUAGGAAGAUUGCCCACAAAUAUAUAGGAAAGGUCAACAACCUCCGGAUCCUUUCUAAUUUGCCAAAACUAUCGCAUGAAUCCCUGACCACAUCGCAAGGUCGGAUAGGGAUCCCAUGGUUGUGGCGAUGCUUUGAGAUCGAAGUGUGCAGUUUUCGGAGGAGGGUUUGGAAAGUCAUAUCACAUCCUGAGCAA